UGUCAGUGAUUAUACCGGGGCUGUUGCAGCUACUGUUAGCGGCCGCUGCUAUCGCGCACGGAAUGCCAGUCUGCAGAGUGCUCAGCUGGGAGGAGCGACGGGGCUGGGGCAGCGAGCACACAGCACCUCGACAUUGCGACAGCGGCACAACUACUACACUGUGAUUACUGCACAGGACAGCAGCCAGCGCCGACUUCUGAUGAGUCAGGAUCCAUGUGCUGGAGCUACAGUAUCUGCAUAGCACGUUUCCACAUGAAUAAAGGAUUUGCAAUGUUGGGAAUGGUUUUACUCUGUGGCCAGAUCACUCACUAGUGAACAAAUCGUGUUGGACUACACAGGAGACUGCGGUUUGCUUAAACUCUCAGGCAGUCUGACCACAGCCAAGCUCCAAUCUAUCCCCAAGGAACUUGACUUUGGUGCCAGGAUCUUCAUUGCAACAUCACAUCUGCCAUCUUGUGUUGGUUUGGAGGAACUGCAGCAGCUAUGACUUCCUCUGAACUGCUUCAUAAAAAGAACCUUUAUUAUAACCCUGAUGUUAUUGUAAGUCAUUAUAACCACACAGGAAAGUAUAAGAACAACUCUACCAAUGACUUGAAGCCAUCCUCCAUCAUAUUCAUCAUUAUUUGUUGUUUCAUUGUACUGGAGAAUGUUCUGGUGCUUCUCACCAUCUGGAGAACCAAGAAGUUCCAUCGGCCCAUGUACUAUUUUAUUGGGAAUUUGGCACUUUCUGACUUAUUGGCUGGAGCUGCUUACACAGCUAACAUCCUACUUUCUGGAUCCAAUACCUACAGGUUAACACCAGUACAGUGGUUUGUACGGGAAGGGAGUAUGUUUGUGGCUCUAUCUGCCUCCGUCUUUAGCCUUUUGGCCAUUGCUAUUGAGCGUUAUAUAACCAUGCUGAAAAUGAAGAUACACAAUGGCAGCAAGAGUUCCAGGUCUUUCCUUUUGAUUAGUGGCUGUUGGCUUCUGUCCUUGUGCCUUGGAGGUCUCCCAAUUAUGGGCUGGAACUGCUUGACAGACAUGAGGUAUUGCUCCACAGUCCUUCCCUUGUACCAUAAACAUUACAUCCUUUUCUGUACCACCAUUUUCAGUAUUUUAUUGAUAGCCAUUGUUAUUCUAUAUGCCAGGAUUUAUUUCUUAGUAAGAACACGAAGCAGAAGCCUGACCUUUAGAAGAAACUGUGCCAGAACCAGUAGGAGCUCAGAGAAGUCAAUGGCAUUGCUUAAAACAGUCAUCAUUGUCCUAAGUGCCUUCAUCUUAUGUUGGUCACCUCUAUUCAUUUUUCUGUUGAUGGACUUUGGAUGUAAAGUUGGGACCUGCCAGGUUCUAUUCAAAGCUGAGUACUUCUUGGCUCUUGCAGUUCUCAACUCGGCCACUAAUCCUAUCAUCUAUACCCUGACCAACAGGGAGAUGAGGCGUGCCUUCCUAAAGAUGGCACGUUGCCAUUGCUCUAUUCUAAACCCAGAGACAAAAGUUAAAAGACCCAUCAUCACAGGGAUGGAAUUUAGCCGGAGCAAGUCUGACAACACUUCUCACCAACAGAAAGAAGAGGGAGAAUACCCAGUAACUCUUAUGUCUUCUGGCAAUUUAACUUCCUCUUCCUAAUGCAUGGUUUGCAUCCUGGAACUUAACAUACUGCUGGAAAUGUAUAAAUCUUAAUGGGAAAUGUCUCCUUACCACCUGGACAAUGCAAAGGACAUGCUGCAUCCAGUAAUAUAGGGUUAGGUCUGGAGAUACCAAGCACUUCACUAGAAGAGAAAAUGAGGUGAACCAAGUUGCAUAGACUAGAUGCUGACCUGUGGAAGUCUGGUCUUGUACGGAAGAAUGUGAAACUACAUCUAGCAUCACUUACUCAAUGUAUAAAGGACACUUAAUAUAGAUCAAAACUUUCCAUAGAAGAUACAGAUUGGUCAUUUUAAGUCUGUCACACAACAGCUUAACCAUCUCAUAUUUAAAUAUGAGCUGAAAAAGUUAAAAUGAUCUUUCUCUGUAACAAAGUCUGCCUUAAUAGUCCAUGUUAUGAUUGAACUAGAUAUAUAGCCAGCAUCACUACAUACAGUACACAUCCUAAUCUCUUAGGAAUGAUACUCUUGUAAGAGAUUAUACAUUCUUAUGCACUUUGUGGUCUCUAAACUUGAUAUAACUAUUUAAAAGUUAAAGGUCUCACACCGAUUGUAGCCUUAGCUUGCUAUACUGAAUAUGAAUGCAUUGUAUGACUUGUUUAACAUGCAUACAUACAUACAUACAUAUAUUUAUUUGUGUCUUCAGAAAUUAUAAUAAUUUGGACUACAGCUAUAAAAGAAGAAUAGUGAAUUCUGGUGCAUAAAAUAGCAUUCUGGUUUCUGUAACAGAAUUCAACAAUGGUUGGGAUUGACGCAAGUUUUUAAUAAAUAAAAAAAUGUGCAGAUUAAAUUGAUGCUUAAUGGUAUAGGCAGGAUAUAGAAUUGUGUAAAGCUUGUUUAACUCCAUCAAGUUAUCUAUCCCAUUGGUGUUAGCAUUCAAAAAUAUGUAUUUUUUAGUGGAGGAAAUGUGUAGAGUUUUAUUUAUGAUAACAGACCUUACUGAAGAGCAGCAAGCUCAGUUCCCUGUACAGAUUAAAAUCAAGUUAAAAUUCAAGUGUACCUGUCAUUUGCCAACAGUGGGUGCAGCCAUGUUGUGAGCUGUUUUCAUUAGAACACAAGGAUUUUACAUGAAAUUAGAGAUGUGUGUGGACAGCACGGUUUUGGUUCUAAUUUAUCAUCAUGUUUUGGUUUUGGCAAUACCACCCUCAAGUGUUUUGGGUUGGAUUACAUUUUUGGUUAGGUUAAAAAAUGCUAAAAAGAAAAUUUUAAAUCAUUGAUAAAAAUAUAUAAAAAACAUCUAAAAUCAUGUAAUUUUUGCAAUCCAAUACCCAGAAUUCGGAUUUAAAAUACAAAUUCCAAACCGCGGGAACAUUCGAACCAGGACUUGAAUCAGAUCUCCUUGGGAGAUCCGGACCGGGCUUUGGUUCGGAUCCACAAAAUUCGGGUGGAUCUGGAUUUCUGGAGGACAGCACUGCACAUCUCUACAUGAAGUUUGAGACACUCGCGCCUCAGGGAUGUGCUAGUGAUCUAAUAGGAUUAAUAUUGGUUCACAAAAUGUCUGCCUCAGCUGUGUAUAGAUGACAUGGACUGUUUAUGCAGGAUGGUUUUAUCCACAUGUAAUGUUCACUACUACAUCAUUGCAAGUAUUUACAGUCAUCCUUGAAACAAGUAAAGUGAAAUAUGCAUUCAUGAUGGCUUCCUUAGAACAAUGCAAACAAACCAGCCUUGCUGUACUGUAGUUUGUAUUAAUAUUUUCAAUACAGAAUUUGGGUUAAGGAGAUGCAACCACAACUUGUUCUUGUCUUGGCACUUAUUUGCUCGUAGUGCCUCCUGACCCAUGCUGACAGAGGGUGUGCCAGUGAAUCUGUGGAGUGAAAUGAGUACUUCCUGAUUUUGAAGGGGCAUGUACUGCGUAUAUAAAAUGGUGGAUGGAGCAUGUUUGCUACUACAGUAGGUGGCGCAGCUGCAGUACACAAUGGGCACUACUGUGAGAUGGAACUGUCUUUGAAUGUAAUAGCUAAGACAAAGUAGUAUUAAUUUUCCCAUUUGGGAAACCUGUUUUUCUCAGACUUUACAAAGCUGUGUUGUUCUAAACGCAAACUGUUGACAAGUGGUUUAUAUGAGCCAUUUACAAAACUUUUUAUUUUGUACCGUUUUAGUAUUUUUACCAGUGCAAUUAAAUAGACUUUUUGUUUGUUUGUCUGUUUUUACAUAGUAUUUAAAAAUGCCUGACUAUUCUCCUUGAAUUUGCACAUAGAAAUACUGUAUUAUUAUAAACCUGUAAUAAAACUGAUAAUUUUGUAAUGAAA